AUUGAUUUUCCCCGAUCCAUUCCAUCCCAUCCUCAUCCAUGGAUCCAUUCAUCCCACCCACACUGGUUUGAUCUCCUCCCACCGGCCCAAUCCCUCUCGUCACGAUUCUAGUCGCUUCUCCGUAAUCAUCCACUUCUAACCACUCAGAACCUCUUCUCCCCUCCCCAGCCCGUGAGUAGUGAUCUUCCCGCGGUCCCUGCGAGGCAGAGUCUACCUACUUACCGCCGGUCGGCGCGGUUAAAACGUCCUUUCUCCAAGCGACCGACCCAGAACCAAGGGUUGGCUUUUCUCUCUUAGUCCGAGUGCUGUGUUUAUGUGAAACGGUCGCGCGAGGCGCUGUGCCCACGAUUUACAUUCGGUUAGAGAGGCAUUCCCACCCUCCUCCUCUUUCUCCUGAAUCGAAGGGGAUGGAUGGAUGGGAUCGAAUCUGGAGAACUUGAAAUCGGAAACGAAACGUGAUCGAUGAGAUGGGUGGUGGUGGUAGUAGUGGAGCUUUGUUCGCUACGAGGACGAGGCUGGAGAUCGAUCACUGUACACGUUCUAUCGGUUCACAAUGGUAAACUAGUAUUUCUCCUUAUGAGGAUUUUUUGGAUUCUCCCCCCAUCUCCUAUUUCUGAUGAACCUUCCCUUUUGGUGGGCUUCGAUAUCGGAGUGUUGGACUUUUUUGACUUUUUUUUUUCUCCCCUUCGGAUAAGGGAUCGGGACGGGACUUUCGGAAGAAUAUUGUAUCUACUUACCGUACGUACCGUAUCUGCGGAUAGGAUAGGAUAGGAUAGAUACACGGCACGCACACACCUACCUUAUUCUGUUGAGGCUUGCUUUCACAAGGCGGGAAAAUACAGCCGCCGCUGCUACUGCUACUGCUACUGACAAUGAUAACGUAUCAAUUAGGUAGGUUGUAAGCAAAACCCCAUGAGGCCAGCCAAACGAUAACCGGAGAAAAAAAAAA